CCGAUUGGAGUUUUGCUUUCCACACUUCGACGCGGGCUUCAAAAAUACCCCUAGACUCCCAGAGAGGGAGGAGUAAGUGGGAAGCGCUCUCUCGCUCGCUCUCCCAGGCGGAGUCCGCGAAGGCAGCGGAGGAGAGAAGCUUUGCUCCGACUCCGGCUGUAGCCCAGCUGCGAGGGACGGUCUGAGGGGGCUGCUGCUGCCGUCGUUCGCUCCCCGCGCCGUUGCCUUCCGAAGCUCUCGCCCGCUGGGAACGGAGCCGCUCCUCUAACGCUCCUCGCGGCUGAGGCGCCUCACGCCUAGUGCAGCUGAGGCGGCGCUCCUACUACCCGCGCCUUCCCUCAGAAAGAUGCUGCUGGGCUUCGAGGCGUCUGAGGCGACAGCUCCCAGACAGGUCCGAGGAGCGCGCGCUCAGCCCUGAAGCGGACGGAGAGGGAGGAGCGCUGCCACCGGCUCGCCGGCCCCACAACCACCAUCACCACCAGCAGCAGCCCGGGCUCCUUCCCCGCGCCUCCUCUUGCCUUUCUCUAUGGGGAUCCUCAGCGAAGGGGAGCAGCGCCCAAGAGGAAGGCACACCUGCCCAUGGAGUUACUGACGGGGAACGCCGACCUGUAGUCGGAGCCGGGUGGGAGCGCCCCGCGCCACGACCAACCUUUGCCCAGCCUUCAUAUCGCCCUCUCUUUUUUCCCACCCCACCCCCUCGCAACAUGGUACCUGCCCUGACAUCGACCAGGCGCCUCGCUCCCGGGUUCCCGCCGCUCUCUUUCGCCGUCCUUCCGAGGAGGCUGCCCGGAGGCCAUCGUCGGGGCGACUUGAAAGUGCAAUAAUUAAGAGCCCGCGCGCCGCCGCCGCCGCCGCCGCCAGUGACAUUUGUUGGCUCGCUUGUUUGUAAACAAGAAGGCGCUCGGGAGCCCUUGUCUCCGAGGCAGGUAUCUGCCUCCCUCCCUCCCCACUCCGUCGCCUCGUCUUCCUUCCCCUCCGAAAAGGACGAGAGACGGGAACUUCUUACAGGGUUACUAUGCAAUUGCGACUGGUUUCUUGGGUCUUUAUCACUUUGAACUUGAUGGAAUACGUCGGCAGCCAGCAGAACCCUUCCAGAGUCCGGCGGCAGGGAAUGAAUCUCGAUAUGAGCCAAGAUUGCCAAGGAUGUGCAACAUGUUCCCAGUUCAAUGGAUGUUUAACAUGUAAACCUCGACUCUUUUUUUUCCUGAUGAGGAGUCAAAUUAGAGAGAUAGGGAUGUGUUUUUCAUCCUGCCCCAAUGGAUAUUAUGGACAACGGUACCCAGAAAGAAAUGAGUGUAAAAAAUGUAAAGCUGACUGUGAAACCUGCUUCAAUAAAAAUUUCUGCACAAAGUGUAGAAAUGGGUUUUACUUACACCUUGGAAAGUGCCUUGGAAACUGCCCUGACUGGCUGGAAACCAACAAUCACACUAUGGAAUGCAACAAUAUUGUGCAUUGUAAAGUUAGUGAAUGGAGCCCAUGGGGUCCUUGCAUGAAGAGAGGGAAAACGUGUGGUUUCAAAAGGGGGAAUGAAACGAGGGACAGAGAAAUCUUACAACUUCCUUCUACAAAGGGGAAACCAUGCCCACAUACAACGGAGACAAAAAAAUGUAUUAUACGGAGAAAGAAAUGCCAGACAGGAGAAACAGGAAGAAGAAACAGAGAGGAAAGAAGAAAAAAGCCAAAGACAGAAGAAAGCAAGGAAAACAGGCAGGAAAACAGUGGCCGAGAAUCUAGAAGACAAAACCGAGAACAACGGGACAACAAAAGUAAAACACAGUUGAAGAAAAGAAGAGCACAGGAUAAACAGCAGAAACCAGUAGCCACCAGCACCGUACACUAAAUCACCUUUACACCACUGUUUUAAGACUUUUGCUGCUGCUAUUUCCACCAGUUCUCUGAGGCUGGUGCUCCCCAAUUAAGCCACAAGUGGACAAUACUUCCAGUUAUUCUUAAAUCUCAAAUGACAUUCCAAAUAAUUCCUAUUAUAUUCUUCAUGCAGUCAAUAGUUUAUUCAAGAGACUGACAUGAGCCAAGAUUUCUUUUUUAAGUAAAAGAAAAACCCUUUAAAUGGGAUACUUUCAAACUGUUAUAUUAUAUGCUUCCAUGCAUCUCUAAGAGGCAAUUUAAAAGUUUUGUAUAUAAUUAUCAAUAUGGUAUAAGGUAUAGCAAUAUAUUGAAUGACAUCUGCAGGGGGGAGGGAGUCUUUUCCUUUGUAAAAUAUUUUUUCAAUCUAUUGUUUAUGAAGCAAGAGAUAUCUAAGUAAAAUAUACAGUAUCCCUUUGUGCAUAAUUAUAUAUGCUACAUAAGAGUCCAGAGAAAGAGGAAAUCUGCUAAGAGGUGUUGGGAAUCUAAGCUUUGAUGCCGCACAGUCUUAUCAGAACUCAGCUACCUGGUGGUUCCCUGGUUUUCAUCCCAGACUCAUGUGAGAAACUCCCGGCUGAACAGUUUCAGGGCUCUGAAAGCCAAGGGGGUGAAGCAGGGGAGGCAGAAGCCACAUUAAACACACCAGAGACUCUUUUUCUGAAGAACAAGCAAUAGCGCUUAGCUAUACAGCGCUCCUAUCUGCAGGACAGCACAAUAGUUUCUGGUCUAAACCAUGAUUAUACAAGGUGUGCCGUUCUAUCCUUCUUCCUUUUUUUGUAACUCUGUGUAACUUAAAUCAGCAUUUCAAACCUUCCAGUGACUGACAAAUCAUAUUUGUAGGAAAACAAACAAACGAACAAAACACAGAGCGAAUAAAGAACAGAGAAGACAGACCACGUAAAUAUAAUGUCAUUUUGCACUGUUGUUUUCCCCCCCUUUCAUUUUUUUUUUAAAAAUUAAACACUAUCACACAAUCUGCUUUGUAAACAGAGAAAAAGAUGUUCUUUAGAAAUGUGCUAUCUAAUAAACUAAGGCCACUUUACUGAAUCAUGUAUAUUUGUGAGUGGAAUACAUGAGAAUUAAUUAGAAAAAGAAUACUUCUAGAAAAAGGUCUUUAGGAGUCACAAGAAUCCUUAUUCAAGAUAGAUCGUGAACUAACUGGCUGUUUGGGGACUACAACUCCCAUCAUCCCUAGCCAACAGGACCAGUGGUCAGGGAUGAUGGGAAUUGUAGUCCCAAAAAGCUGGAGGACCGAGUUUGGGGAUGCCUGUGCUACACCUUAAUUCUAGUUCCACAUUGUGAGGAGCAGCUGUAUAGUCAUUUAUCAUCUAGAGAAUCGAAACUUUGGCAAAGGGCCCUCCCUACCCAGAUUGUUUUGUGUGUGUAUUCUGCAAUCAUUGAAGCAAUCAUGGUGUAUUAGUGAUACACUUAUGCUAGACUGCUCACACAUCAAUCUACUUCACUAGUUGUUUUGAUAUGCUUCCUCAAGGUUAGUGCAUUAUUGCCAUCUCGAGGGGCACUCAUGUGCUAUAGUGCAACAAAAGUGGGAUGAGAAACAAAUAAAUAUGGUGUGAAAAAUUACAGGAUUUCAGCAAAAUGUUAUGGGAUGUGCCCUGAUCAGAAAUUAAACAGUAUAUUCAUUCUAAAAAAAUUAACAGUACUGAAAACAGUAUCAUAUAUAACUGCCCCAAUGCUGUCCAUAUUCACAUCUUCUCAAUUCACAUAUUCUCAAUUUUAGCAAAACACUUGCCACUCUCUCGGGUAGGUCAGCAUAGCCUCUAACCACCAGCUCUGCAGAACCAUAUAACAAAACAGGUCAUUACUGACAUUGAGUGAACUCAGUAAGAAAACAAGUAUUUGGCCUUCUCCUGCUCUCUCUCCCUAAAAUGGGAGCUUAAUCAAAUGGUCGUAGAAUUGACUAUACAGUUGCUCAUGUCCAUACUACUCUUUAAGUAUGUGAUUUAUGCUGCUCACAUUUGUAGUGGUAGGUAGGUGAAGAAGUAGUCGCUUCUGUGUGAAGCUAUAAUGAGUAACAUUAUCAAUUUUUGGAAUAAAGUGCAAAAACAUGCCAAUGUCGACUGUCACAUUGUCAUUGCCCCUGGCUGCCAGCUCUCCUCACUGCAUUUGUUAAUUAAGCAGUAAGAUAUAACAGAAGGUGGAACACUGCUGAUUAAUGCAUGCCUGGGGGGUGUAGAAAAAAUCCUGUUAUCAUGAAGCUGGUGUCACCCAAAGAGUUCAUCAUUCUGCACCUCAGAAUAGCACCAUCUGGAAUGCCUGUGCUUUGAACAUGGACCUAGAGUCUUAUUUUUUUAUAUCCAUAGGAUGCAAAAAAGAAGAACAAUAUUGCUAACAAUGGACAGAUAAUCCCAUUUCCAUUCCAGCUCAGUUUCCUAUGCGUUCAAUUGUAGGUCUGUUCUGCUGACCCAUAUUUGUGGAUUUUUUUAAAACACUAUUUUGUAUGCACUCUUCCCCUAAAACAUGAAUUUCUCCAUGUACGUUCCCUUAAUAUACACAUGUUUGUGCAGAUUUCUGAACCCAAACUGCACUGCAAAAAUUGGAGAAGUGAUAAAUCCAAUGCAGAUUGGAAACACGGCUAAUAAUGAGUCCAGUUCACUUUAGAAUAUGGACUGAACAAAAUCUCCUCCAUCUCUAUUGUGGUCUCCUAUUUCAACUGGAAAAUGUCACUUUUCAUAGGACUCAGCAAGUGUUUAUCAAUGUUAGACAUGAUUAUGGCAGCUGUGGUAAUUGGAAUGGCCUGCUUGUGUAAGCAGUGUAAUGUAUGAGCAAGAUGCUAGUGGAUCUCAACUGUGGGCAGGUAAAGUGGCUGGUAUCUAUCUCUAGUUCUGAAAUACUACACAGAUGAUUUGGGGAGGGGGGGAGGCAGGAUGAAGUAAUUAUUUGUGAAGCCAGAUACACACCCAUGCCUCUGUACAGAUGCCAAGCAUACUGAAACAAUCCCAAGU